AUGACCGCCACGCCCUCAACAGAAGGUCUCAGCGACUUCACGUCGCGACUUUUGUUUUUCAGCAACGAAUUUCCCAACGAUGACCUGCGAGAUUUGUUUCGCCGUCUCCACACCCAUAGCAAAGGCCAGAGGUUUCGACUCCUCGCCACUUUCCUGGACGCUUGUGGUGAUGUAGUCCGCGACGAAGUCGCAGCGUUGCCGUUGCACUUGAAGAAGCUCGUCCCUCCCUUCAAGUCGGUCCUUUCUCUCGCCGACGACCCCGACUUUAGACAAGGUCCCGUAGGCGGAGCGUUGGAAAGUGCACUUCUCUGCGUCCUGGAAAUUGGCAUGUUCAUUGGUCACCAUGAAGCCGAGAAUCUGCAUCUAGACCUCCCUAGUGCUAGAACGACCCUCUCUGGCCUCAGUAUUGGGUUAUUUGCUGCUGCUGCUAUCUCUGUCUCCGAGUCCUUGGCCGAAGUCGCCAUCAACGGAGUGGAAAGCGUGAGAGUUGCCUUCAGGCUGGGCAUCCAUGUUGACGGCGUGUCUGGAAAACUCGAGCCGCGCGAUCAUGACGGAACCUAUGGCAGCUGGGCUUAUGUGCUGACGGGUCUAUCCGUCGAAAUGGUGCAGGAGGAGCUCGACCGCUACAACAGAGAAUCGUUCAACCCUACACCGACAAAGGUCUUCAUCAGUGCGUCUGACAAGACCUCUGUCAGCGUCACAGGUCCGCCAUCUCGCUUGAAAAAUGCAUUCCGGCACUCAAAAGCUCUGCGCUACUCGAAGCACCUCCCGAUGCCUGUCUACAAUGGAUUGUGCCACGCUCCGCAUCUCUACACGGCUGAAGACGUCCGGUCCAUCGUUCACGGGUCUGCAACCAGGUGCACCCACUCUCUUCGCAUCCGGCUGCCGUUGCUCUCGCCACAGACGGGCAAAGCAUACCCCGCUCGCAACGCCGGCGAGCUAUUCGAAGACAUCACCGCCGACAUUCUGACGGGUGGCAUUUUCCUUGACAAUCUGAGCGGCGGAAUACUGGACUCGGUCUCGGAUUGUGGAUCGGCAGAGUGUGAAGCGUUUCUAUUUCGUCCAUCUCUCGUCUCCAAGAGCAUAUUGGCCGCCGUGACUGAGGGUCUUGGCCAGCUAACGAUGAAGAAUGUUGACUUUAUCGAUUGGUCUUUUGACAACAUCGCGCCUAGUGCACCGCGAACAGCUGCCCAGUCUGCUCUCGCCAUCGUCGGAAUGUCUUGCAGACUUCCCGGAGGCGCCAACGACUGCAAGCUUUUCUGGGACCUCUUGAAAGAAGGAAGAGAUACGCACACCAAAGUCCCGGCCGAUAGGUUUGAUCUAGAAGCCCAUUUCGAUCCGUCUGGCCAAGUCCCCAAUUCGACGCCUACACCUUGGGGGAACUUCAUUGACCAACCGGGCAUGUUCGACGCCGCCUUCUUCAAUAUGUCCCCAAGAGAGGCAGAGCAAACAGACCCUAUGCAUCGACUGGCCCUCGUCACCGCCUACGAAGCGCUCGAAAUGUCCGGCUAUGUACCCAAUAGGACGCCAUCCACGGUUCUAGAACGCGUUGGCACAUACUACGGCCAGGCAAGCGACGACUGGCGCGAGCUCAAUGCAGCGCAAAACAUCGGGACACACGCAGUGCCAGGAGGAGAGCGAGCCUUUGCCAACGGACGCAUCAACUACUUCUUCAAGUUCGGCGGUCCAAGCUUCAAUAUCGACACCGCAUGCUCCAGCGGCCUGGCUGCUGUCAACGCCGCAUGCUCCGCGCUGUGGGCUGGCGAAGCCGAUACCGUCAUCGCAGGCGGUCUCAGUGUCAUCACGAACCCCGACAACUAUGCCAUGCUCGGUAAUGGUCACUUUCUGUCGAAGACUGGCCAGUGCAAGGUUUGGGACGAGGGAGCCGAUGGAUACUGCCGAGCCGAUGGCAUUGGCUCCGUUGUAAUCAAGCGCCUGGAAGACGCAGUUGCGGACAACGACAAAAUCCUCGCCACCGUCCUCGCUGGUGCAACAAACCACUCUGCAUAUGCCGCCUCCAUCACUCAGCCCCACGCCGGGGCCCAGAAGAGCAACUACGCCCAGGUCGCCCAAGCUGCGGGUAUCAAUCCUCUUGACGUGGGCUAUGUCGAACUUCACGGCACCGGAACACAAGUUGGUGACGCUGUUGAGUCCGAGUCGGUUUGCGACUUCUUUGCCCCCCUCUCGCCACGGCGCCGCGCCGACCAGCCUCUCCAUUUGGGAGCUGUGAAGUCCAACAUCGGGCAUGGGGAGGCCGCUGCAGGCAUUGCCUCUCUGAUCAAGGUGCUGCUGGUCCUCCAAAAUGAGCAGAUCCCGCCACAUGUUGGGAUUAAGACGGCGAUCAACCCCAUCAUUCCGCUGGACCUGGCGAAGCGACAGGCUGGCCUUGUCAUGGAUCUUCGACAGUGGCCAAAGCAAGCCGGAAAGACUCGAUAUGCUGUUGUAAACAGUUUCGGAGCCCACGGGGGUAAUACGACGCUAAUGCUUGGGGACGCCCCGGAAACGAGACUCUGCGGCUCAGACCCCAGAUCAAGCCAUCCGGUGGUAGUCUCUGCCAAAGGCAAGAUUUCUCUCGAAGCCAACCUGACGGCCCUUGUCGAAUAUCUUGACAAGUAUCCAGACACCGAUCUAGGCGACCUGUCGUACACAACGACUGCUCGGCGAAUGCACCACAGCUCGAGAAUCGCAGUCUCAGCGUCCAGCGUUUCUCAAUUGCGAAAUGCUCUAGCAUCAGCCCUGCCUACCAUUCGAGAAGUCCGCCCUGUGCCAGCAAUCGCACCUGCGGUCACGUUUGCCUUUACCGGCCAAGGUUCAUUCUAUUUGGAAACCGGCGCGGUAUUGUUCAAGUCAUUCCCGUACUAUCGCCAACAAAUUGAAUACCUCGAUCAUCUCGUGCAAAUAUUUGGCUUCCCCUCGAUCAUUCCACUCAUUGAAGGCAGCACCGUGGAUGAGAGCGUCUCUCCCCUUACAACGGCCCUUACCAUCGUCGUCACCCAAAUUGCCCUCGCUGAGUUCUGGUCGCUCCUUGGAGUCAAACCUAGCGCUGUGAUUGGCCACAGUCUUGGCGAAUAUGCGGCUUUGGUCGUGGCCGGUGUGAUAUCGGCAGCUGAUGCCAUCCUCCUUGUGGGGAAACGCGCAGAUCUUGUCGUCUCCAAAUGUGAAGAGGGCAGUCACGUUAUGCUGGCGGUACGCGCAAGCGUAGACAAAAUCAAGAGCAUUGCUACCGAUGGAAAGUACCAGGUGUCAUGCAUGAAUGGCACUGACGACACCGUCUUGGGCGGCUCUCGAGAAGACAUCGAGGUUACGCGAAAGUCUCUGGAGAGCGAAGGUGUCAAGUGCACGCUCCUCGACGUCCCCUUCGCCUUUCACACCAGUCAGAUGGAUCCCAUGCUGGGGCCGUUUGAGCAAUUGGCGAAGCACGUCACAUACAAAACCCCAAGGAUUCCCGUCCUCUCGCCACUUCUCAGCACUUGUGUAUUUGAUGGCAAGACCAUCAACGAGAAGUACCUGAGCAGGGCGGCUCGAGAACCAGUCAAUUUCGUCGGUGCUCUUGAGGCUGCCCAGGAGCUCGGUAUCAUCGACGAAAAGACUAUGUGGAUCGAAGUUGGGCCUCACCCUGUGUGCACCUCGCUCGUUCGAAGCUACAUUGCAGGCGCGCAGGUGGCCUCAUCGCUCCGUCGGGAUGAGGAUAACUUCGCGACCUUGUCAAAAACUCUGGCAUCACUCCACCGUGUUGGUGUUGCUGUCAAUUGGAACGAGUACCACCGUCCGUACGAAAGGUGCCACGCCCUCUUACCGCUUGAUGCUUACAAGUGGAAUGAUAAGAACUACUGGAUCCAAUAUGAAGGAACCUGGACUCUCGAUAAGGCUUAUCCGAAUGGCAACCCGAACAAGAAGUCAAUUUCACAAAGCGGUUCUGCCUUGCGGACGUCCUCCAUGCAGCAGAUUGUAUCAGAGGAAAUCACCGAAAACACAGGCAAGAUUGUAGUCAUCUCGGAUAUGAUGCAUCCAGAACUUCUGAGCGCUUUAGACGGCCAUCAUAUGAACGGCCAUGGUGUGGCGACUUCGUCAAUUUGGGCUGAUAUGGCCCUGACCGUCGGUGAAUACCUAUAUAAGCGCAUGGUACCAGCAGCGACUGGGACGGUGCCAAUGAACGUUUCCGAUAUGGUAGUAGAGCACGCCCAAGUCGUAAUGUCGAAUCGAGAGGGUGCGCAGCUUCUACAAGUUGAAGCCGAAAUGGACCUCGAGGACCUGGUUACGGCUGUGAGAUGGUACAAUUUGGACGACGCUGGUAACCGAUCUCAAGAGCCGUAUGCAACAGCGACUGUCAGUUACGAAGACCCCGACGAGUGGGCGGCCGAGUUCAGCAGGAUGUCAUGGCUCGUCGACAGCCGCGUCGAAGCACUGACGGCCCUGGUCCCAGGUGGCUCCGCCAGCCGAGUAGGACGCGGCCUGGCAUACACACUGUUCGAGAACGUGGUGACUUACUCGGAAAAAUACCGUGGUAUGCAUUCUGUUGUCAUCCACGGACUCGAGGCCUAUGCAGACGUGAUAUUAGCACCCGAGAGGCACGGUACUUGGCAUACGCCCCCACACUGGAUCGACAGCCUCUUCCACGUCGGCGGAUUCGUCAUGAACGGCAGUGAAGCCUCCAACACCAAGGACUAUUUUUACGUCACCAACGGCUGGAGCAGCUGCCGCAUGGCGAAACCGGCCGUUGCAGGCGGCAGCUACCGGAGCUAUGUGCGCAUGGAGCCGGCCAGCGAGGCCAACAUGUUCUCGGGCGACGUCUAUGUUCUGCAGGACGGGGCGGUUGUGGGCAUGAUGGGCGGCAUGAGGUUCCGCCGUGUCAACCGCAUCCUGAUGGAUAGGUUCUUCUCGCCGCCGGAUGUGGCAUCGGGGGGCAGCGUCGCCAGAAUCACCGCAUCUUCAACAAAUGCUGCCAUCGCUCCUGUCAAACCUAAAGCGACAACGGCUAAACCCAAGCCCAAACCCGUCAAGUCUCAGCACACGAUCCAGACAAAGGCGUCCGUUGUGGAGCAAGCUGAAGGAGCAGCAAAGUACGAAGAAAAGAAAGGAGCGGAGACAGCCCCCGCGGGCAAUGUUGACAGCAGUGCGGGCGAGGCGGCAGAAGGCAUCGUGAGCGACGCGCUAAAACUCAUUGCCAAAGAGACAGGACUCGAUCUGGCUGACCUGACCGACGAGGCAACGUUUGUGGAGCUGGGUGUCGAUUCUCUUACUUCGCUGGUGUUGGCAGAAAAGUUCAAGCGGGAACUGUCAGUCGAGGUCAAGAGCUCGCUCUUCCUGGAGUGCAUCAAAGUCGCGGACCUCAAGGCCUGGUUGGAGCAGAAUGCUUGA